GAUGUUCGGAUUUUCCGGAUGUGACGUCACGGAAAAUUUUUGGAUGGCAAAAGAAAAAUGGAUGACAAAAUUACAAGUGAUAACGAUGGAAAUUCCAAAUUUUCCACUUAUUACCAUUCCCUUCCAAAUGACGCUAAGAACAGAUAUUCCACAAAGUUGUUUUAUGAUGCCGGUACCAAAAGUUUACCUGAUCCAUAUGUUUUAACUGAGAAAUGGAGCACUGACCCCAACACAUGGCCAGAUCUUACAUUUGGGGACAUCUACCUGUAUCUGAUAGACACUCCAUCAAUCUUCACGAAAGAGUCCAUGAAGGCAUACAAAUCAUUAGAGGCAUACAAAUAUGUUGUGAGUGGUCACGUCCGUGUUGUAUUGUCGCAUCAGAUUUCGAAUGACUGUCCAUAUAUUGCACUGUCGUCUAAAGUCACACCAUCACAAAGGGCCAGAGACAAGCCACAUGAGCCUUGGGUUUAUUUAGAGAAGAAGACAGGAACUGUCUAUUGUGCCCACUGUACCUGCAUGGCAGGUUUGGGUGAAGUAUGCAGCCAUGUUGGAGCACUUUUAUUUAAGGUCGAAAUGGGUGUAAAAAUUGGUAUGACAAAGACAUCAUCUACCAGUUCAGCUUGUCAGUGGAAUAGCAAAUUUCGGAAAGAGGUCACUCCAGCAACCGUGACAGAAAUUUACGAUCAAAUUAAAGGCAGACGCAAGAAAGAGGUCCCUAAUGUUCAUGCUCAUGGCUCAUCACCUUUACCAUCAACAUCAGAACUUCAACUUCUUUAUGCCAUAGCACCAAAAUCAGUCUUUUUUACCUCCGUUACUAUACCAGGCAUAGAAAUGCUACCUCCAGUAGAGAAAACACUACCCACAGAAAAAUUUCCAAAACUGUUAACUAGCCUUCAUCAGCCUGAUACUGCUCCAAAUUCAGAAUAUAUUAAUGACACUUAUCAAAAGUACACUGUCACAGAUUCUCAGGCCUAUCACCUUGAAGAAGCAACACGCAAUCAAGCAGUGAGCCCCUUAUGGUUUGAACACAGAAAAGGUCGCGUGACAGCAUCAAAAGCUCAUGAUGUUCUUCGCAUGAGAGAACAAACAGCACCAGAUAACCUAGUGAGACGAGUGUGUGGCUACAACAGCUAUGACUUAUCAAGAAAAGAUGCAGUCCGUUGGGGUAUUGAACAUGAAGAUGAAGCCCGUGUAGCCUAUAUCAGUCACCAGAAAACCACACAUGUAAACUUUGCAUGUAAACUUGCAGGAUUCUUUGUUAACUCCAAGCAUCCAUUUGUUGGAGCAAGUCCAGACGGAAUAACUACUUGCGAUUGCUGUGGUAAAGGUACCCUUGAAGUCAAGUGCCCGUUUAAGCAUAAGGACACACCUAUCGACAAAGUUCCUGCCAAAGACUCUAACUUUUGUUUGGACAAUAUGCUGAAACUGAAACAGAACCACCGUUACUACACCCAAGUACAACUUCAAAUGUACCUUACAGAAAGCAGUUAUUGUGACUUUGUUGUGUAUACAAAAUGUGAUCCACCGAGUAUGGUUAUUGUUAGGUUAAACUUAGACUUAGACUUCUGUAAAACUCUCCUUAGUAAAUGUGAAUCGUUUGUCAAAGACCAUGUUAUACAUGAACUAAUUACUCAGAAGUUAAACAAUAUGCCAGUUACACAAGAGCCAACAUCAACCACUGAAACUGUUAACCCAAAUGACCAGCCGUCUACAUGGUGCCUUUGCGCAGAACCAGAAUAUGGGCGAAUGAUUAAAUGCGACAACCGAGAAUGCCCUUACCAAUGGUUUCAUUAUAAAUGUGUCAACGUUAGGAGAAAGCCCAGGGGUAAAUGGUACUGCAUCAGUUGUGAACAAUAAUCAAAAGACUUUGAAAUAGCAGAUGUGAAAAAGACAUUCAAUCAUUCAUGAAUUCAUAAAAUAAACAUUAGUUGUUGUAACAAUAUAUAUCAUUUAUUUUUCAUGAGAAAAACAAAAGUACUAAUAUACAUGAUAUAAUUAACCUACAUGCUUAUGCUUUAUAUUGUGACAAAUGAGCACUAUCUAACAACUAAUGUUAUACAUGUAUAUA